ACUUUUGUAUUCCUGUAUUCUUGAACAAUCAACAACCGGCAUUCCUGUAUUCCUGUAUGAUAAAAAACAGACUGCACAACUAAUAUUUGACACUCUUUUGUAUGUAUCGGAGCUCAAUAUUGGCGUGCCUCUACUUUCAAAUUGCUUGGCACUAGUUCUCACCUCAUCAGAUACCAAAGUAUUGGGACUGUUACUAGAGCUAAGCUGACAAAUCUCAGCAGAUGGAUAAAAAGGAUAUGUUAGGGCGCAAUAGAGUCGAAGAUGUUAAUUGGCUCUGCUGCCUGAGCGAACCUGAGCUUGAUCUACUGAUUGAUUUAAAGAUGAUGGUCCUUCAACGUGCCAAAAAAAUUGAUUGUGAUUCUUUGGUUAAGAAGUUUGACUUGAAGAUCCUCCGAGCGCUUGGAUUCAUUUUGAUGGAGCACUUUAAAGAGAACAUCAAAAAUAUGACAAACACCCCUGACUUGGCAGACAUUUGUGCUUCUUUAGACAGAUGUAAUUUACUGAAACUGGAUGACCAGGAUGGUUCUGGUUCGGCAAGUAUAGAAGAACUGAAAAUAUUAACUGGGAAUAGAAAAAGGAGAGCUGUGGAAUUAUAUAACGAGGAGGUGCUUGAAGAUCCCAGAGGCUGCUAAUGGACUGUGAUUAGCAUAUGCUGUUCGCAUGAUGUGACUCUUUGUUGUUGUCUACAGUUAGUCGUCUUGAUCAUUUUAGUAGGCAGAUAUUAGCCUUAUAGUUAUCAUUUUUGGCCCCCAGUGAUUUCAUUUUAGUUAUGUUCCUUGAUUCUAGUUUUGUGUACCAACUGUCUAUGACCUAUAUAGACUUUCAUAUCCAAAUUUCAAUUAAUACAGAGUAAAAUGGACACUUCUAGUUGUUAAAGA